AUGCCUGACGACGAACGACUGCCGUCUGCCCUGCUCACUCCAUCUCACGCCCCGAUCGACAUCAAGCCCGACCCCGCCAGUCUCGCCGGCACCCCGAACGGUCCCACGGUCGACCGCCUGGCCGAGUCCACGGCCGCUUUUGACACGCCGCCACCCGGCUCUGCCCCCUCUUCCCUCAGUCGCCAGAACCAACCGCCACCAAUGUCCCAACUUGACCAACAAGUUUCCACCGACACACCCACCUCGUUCCCAAUGGACAUCGACACCCCGAGCACGCGCGCGUCGGCCUCCGUCUCGUACAAGGAGGACCCGCUGUCCGACGGCAACAUGGCCGACACGCCCGGUGCAGGGACGCCCAACGUGACCCAGCCUCCCCCGAGUGUCAUUCUUCGCAUCCCCGCCAGCGCCCGCCAAUCCUCCCCUGCCAGUAGUGCUGGCAAGCGCAAGCGACGUUCAGAGCCCGCGCCGCCGACACCGAGCACCCGACCCCGGCGCGGCGUCAGCGCCCGCAACAGCUCGCCUGGUGCGACCUCGACGCCCGCCAGUCGUGAUGGAAGCUCCGUCCCCUCGUCGCGCAACACGCCACAGCCCGCCUCUGGCGCACCAGCGGGCCAUGCGCUAUCCAUCUUCAACGACAAGACCUCGAACGAAGUCGCCGCCGAGGUCCAGACAAUCGUCGGCCCGAGUGCCGGCCGCGUCCUCCGCGAGCGCGAGCGCAACACGACCCCUUCGUCCUCGCGCGGCCGCGACGGACUGGAGCGCUCAGGCGUAAGCGCUUCUGGUAGAGGAAGGCGGGUCGGGGGAUCGGCCCGCGUGGCGAACAAGGGCACGCAGCAGCAGAACAACAGCGGCAAGGGUAAGGGCAAAGCGGCCCCCGCAUCCGAGAACUUUGUCAACCAGGACUUUUGCUCCGUGUGCCGCGGCAUUGGUCGCUUCCUGUGCUGCGACGGGUGCCCGCGCAGCUUCCACUUUAUGUGUCUCGAGCCGCCCCUCCGCAUCGACGAGCUGCCAAAGGAGGAGGUGUGGUACUGCCGCAAGUGCAAGGCUGACCGGGCGGGGACCAAGGGAGUAGACGUCAUUCGCGCCAAGGACAAGCCGAUCACUACCAUCUUUAAGACGAUGGCAGCCAAGCUGGACCAGGACAACCCGCAGCAGUUCCGUCUGCCGCAGGAGAUCCGGCAGUACUUCAACGGCGUCGGCACGGGUGCCAAGGGCGAGUACCUCGACACCGAGAGUGCGCGCAACAACCGCAAGGGAAUGAUGGAGGAGCGUGAUCCGCUGCGUUUGCGCGACGGCAAGCAUCGUCCCGUUGCCUGCUACAAGUGCGGUGGCACGUCUCUGCCCUCGCGCACGCCGGCGAGCGAGCCUGGUGCGCAGUGGCGACACAUUGUGUCGUGCGACAUUUGCCCGCUGCACUGGCAUCUGGACUGCCUCGACCCGCCGCUUGCGUCCAUGCCGUCUGCCGCGCGUAAGUGGAUCUGCCCCGCGCAUGCGGACCACGUUCUCCCUCGCCGCCGGACCGUGCGACACGGUCUGGAGACGGUCGACGUCGAGAAGCCCGGCGAGUACAACAACGGCAACAUCACAGUCGUCGAGUCAGAGGAGGAGCCAAAGAGCGCGAUCCCGCACGAGGACAUGGUCAUCAACAACCGCCGCUACCGCGUGCCGGAGAAGGUGAUCCAGCUCGACUUCUGGAACCGGCUCGAGGCGCGGCGCAAGCGCAAGCGCGGCCCGAUGGAGGCCCCAGCAAUGAAGGAGCACAAGGUCAAGAAGGCGUACCAGAACGUGCGCCGCGCGACGCGCCAGGACCUCGACGCCGCCGAGCUCCUCCUCGGCAUCAAGUUCAACGGCCCGGCGUCCAGCGACGUCGACGGGUCCCCGUCCAAGGGAUACACGCCGCUCGCCCCGCAGCCGCCUCCCGCCAAACCGGGGCAGAUGCCCGUCAAGCGCAACGGCGCAGCGGCGGGGAAGAAGGGCUCGCUCGGCGCGCAGGCGGCCAAGGGCGCUGCUGCCGCCAAGGACGCGACGCCGAGCAAGGACAGCGCGAACGGCGGGCCCAAGAUCAAGCUGCGCGUGGGCAAGUAG